AUGACAAGGUCUGGGGACGCCCAUACGGUGACCACGCUCCCCACCGGGCAAACCCAACUCUUUAUCGGAUUACAUCUGGUCCACGAAGUGACCACCCCGCAGGCGUUCGACAUGAUGCGGGAACGGGGGCUGUCCAUCGCCUAUCCCCAGCGGACCUUCGCCACCGCCGAUCACAUUGUCCCCACGGACACCCAUGCCCGGCCCUUUGCCGACGAUCAGGCCGAGGCGAUGAUGGCGGCGCUGGAGAAGAACGUCAGCGACUUUGGCAUCGAGUUCUACGGUUUGGGUAGUGACCGGCAGGGCAUCGUUCAUGUCAUCGGUCCGCAGCUCGGUCUGACGCAGCCGGGAAUGACGCUGGCCUGCGGCGACAGCCACACGAGCACCCACGGGGCCUUCGGGACCCUGGCCUUCGGCAUCGGUACCACCCAGGUCCGGGACGUGCUGUCGACCCAGACCCUGUCCAUGGACCGGCUCAACGUACGGCGCAUCAACGUCAACGGCAGCCUCCCCCUGGGGGUGCACGCCAAGGACGUGAUCCUCACCAUCAUCCGACCCUCUGGAGUCGGCGGCGGCAAGGGGUACGCGUACGAGUACGGCGGCGCGGUGCUGGACCGGAUGAACAUGGAAGAGCGCAUGACCGUCUGCAACAUGAGCAUCGAGGGCGGUGCGCUGGUGGGUUACGUCACCCCGAUCAGACCACCUUCGACUACCUGA